AUGUUUGAUGAUCAUUCGUAUGGAGAUCUGUGCAAGUUGAAGAAGAUUGUGAACAAAAUGAAAACUGGGAUUUAUUGCAAGAAAACAAUCUCCUCAAUAUUCGAAAAUGCACCGACUUUUCCCGCCAACGAGUCGAACCCCGUCUGGCCCGCCAUCUCCCGAACAUUCUCCAUUGGACGGUGCACCCGACCCGCAACAACCCUACACACAAUCAACGCCUUUCUCACCUCCCGACCAUCCUCAGCCGACUCAAUUGACUCAAAUGCCCUUGUGCUAGUGGAAGUUGUGAAAACCCCAACUCCAUGUUUAAGUUCCAUUUUGCCGGAAAACCCGUUUCGGAUAAUCCGGCAAACCGAGCAUUUUUCGGACGUGCAGAGAGUGGACGAGCCGUUUGUGCAGAGCUGGCAGGAUAGGGUCGUCCCGAAGAAUCUCAGUAGCUCGUUGCCGUCGGCUAGGCAGCGCGGGUGCUUUUUCGGGAGCUUGCUGGCUUUUGAUUUUACGGAUUCGCGAUAUUCUUCGAAGCGGAUUAGGGACGCGGUCGAUUUUCACGCAUGGGUUGUCGGGCUUCAGCCAGCUGGACCGGCAGAUGAUUUCGACGAUUUUUCGGGAUGA